AUGUCUCGCAUCAACUUCUCCCCUGAUUCGCAGAGUCUACAGGGUCUUCAGGGUCAGGUCGCCGUCAUCACAGGUGCUGCUUCUGGAAUAGGACUCGCGAGUGCGAAGCUACUUGCCAGUAAUGGAGUCAAAGUGGUGGCGGUUGAUGUACAGGAGAAUAGGUUGAAAGAGGCUGUUUCGGCUAUUGGACAUGGCGCCGAAUCGUUCCGAUGUGAUGUUUCCUCGUGGGCAGAGAACGUAGCGUUGUUCGAAUUUACGAAGAAGACCUUCGGUUCUCCUACAAUCGUUUUUCUGAACGCAGGAAUUGAUACAGAAUUGAAGGUCAGUGCGGGUGGAGAAGAAGCACAACGGGCAAUCGGCGAAGUGCGAACCAAUUUCCUUGCAGAUGAGUAUGAAGCAGGCGAUGCGACCAAGUUGAAAGAACCGCCACUGGUGGUGUUGGACGUAAACGUGAAAGGACCAGUGUAUGGCGUCAAGCUGGCCAUUCACCAUCUGGCAGCUGCUGGAGGUGGUCGAAUCAUUGUCACAGCUUCGGCAGAUGCAUACAUGGCCAUUCCUUACAAUUCCAUCUACGACACAAGCAAGCACGCAGUACUUGGGCUCAUUCGAAGUGUCAGCCAGAGACCUGAAGUUCUGAGCAAGGGCAUAACAACCACGGUACUAUGCCCUAGCUUGACUUCGACUCCUAUGACAGCGGAGAUCAAUCCUGCGGCAUUGGAGGGUCUGAUAGCCAGCACACCAGAGGAUGUUGGACAAGCUGUACUCUAUACAGCGACGGCUCCAGCAGCCGACAUUCAUGGGCGAACAGUUCUCGUGAAAGGAAAAGCUUUGUAUGAGGUCGAGCAGAGUUACAAAGCGUGGAUGGAACCUAUCUUUUGUGGUUAG